AUGGCUUCAAACAACAAGGCAGUCUAUCACUACCUUGAUAUCGGCAGACUAGGUCGAGGAGAAGUCGUUAAGCUUUUUAUGAAAGAUGCCGGUUUCAACGUCAAAGAGGUCCGGUAUGCGUACGACGAGACCUGGCCAAAGGUCAGCAAGAUGCUGCAGGAGCAAGGUCUCACGAGAACGGGAAAAGUGCCCGCACUUGAAUACCAAGGCUUGAUUUUGACCCAGCACCUUCCGAUCUUGCGUUAUCUUGCUAGAGAUCUUGGCUCUUACGACGGAGAAACCAACCAAGAGAAAUAUGCUGUCGAUGUUGUCGCUGAUAUUUACAACGACUGGAGAUCCAAAUGGGUAGCCAAUUUGUCGAACAAAACAGAUCAGUAUAAAGAUCAGAUUGCACCGACGUACUAUAACAUCGUGGGUCAAUAUUACAGUGAUAACGACGGCCCCUACCUCCUAGGUAACAAGGCUACCUACGUUGAUUUUGCAGUUUAUCAAUCCAUUGAUAACGAUGAAAGGACUGGAACUCUUCCUUCUUCUCUCCCACAGUCGCUUCUCAAGUUGCGAGAAGCUAUUGAGAAGCGACCCAAUAUUUCUGAUUAUAUUAAGGAAACCCGCGAGGACUAG